AUGAUGUGGCCCCGGCGUCAUCGCGGGGCGGGUAACCUGGCGAGGGCGGGCGGGACAGCUCCAGAGAGCGGAGCGGAGGCCGGGUUUCUCCGAAGACCUGGCCCUGAGGAUCCCUCACCGCGAGGAAGGACCAUUGCUAUGGAAACCAGAGCGUGGGGCGGCCCGGGAUUGUGGCUCCCGGAUGGUGGUGACCGGUCUUCUCUCUCCCCGAGACACUCGCCCGCUUCGGGCAAGCAGAAAGAUGCAGCCUUUGUGCUUCACUGGCCGCUGACCCGUUGGCCUGAUGACAGCACCCCGCGUACCUUUCCGGUUCGGUUCCGGCAGCCAUCGGUCAGCGGCCUCUCACAGAUCACCAGCAGCCUAUACAUCAGCAAUGGGGCGGCUGCCAACAACAAGCUCAUGCUCUCCAGCAACCGGAUCACCACGGUCAUCAAUGUCUCGGUAGAAGUGGUGAACACUUUAUACGAGGACAUCCAGUAUGUACAGGUGCCAGUGGCUGACACACCCAUCUCACGUCUCUGUGACUUCUUUGACCCCAUUGCUGACCACAUCCACAGUGUGGAGAUGAAGCAGGGCCGCACACUGCUGCACUGCGCUGCUGGCGUGAGCCGCUCAGCUGCCCUCUGCCUUGCCUACCUCAUGAAGUACCAUGCCAUGUCCCUGCUGGACGCCCACACGUGGACCAAGUCAUGCCGGCCCAUCAUCCGGCCCAACAAUGGCUUUUGGGAGCAGCUCAUCCACUAUGAGUUCCAGCUCUUUGGCAAGAACUCCGUGCACAUGGUCAGCUCCCCUAUGGGAGUAAUCCCUGACAUCUACGAGAAGGAGGUCCAUUUGAUGAUUCCACUGUGAGCCGUCUCACCAGCCUCUGUGCCCAGGUCAAAGGU